GGCGGGCUUUUUCUGCCGAGCGCGCUCCCGUGCGCGUCCCCAGGGGGGCGGCUGUCGGGCGUACGAGUCGGUGAGGAGCUGGAUCCUAAGACGCGGCGUCCGACCAGCCGGUGGUUCCCCGAGCCGCGAGGCCGAAAAACGAGGAAGGCGGGCCCGGCUGCGGGACCGCGGCGACGACACACCGAUCGAGCGCCUGGGCCUGAGGGGAGCGAUGCUGUGGUUCCAGGGCGCCAUUCCGGCGGCCAUCGCGUCGGCUAAGAGGAGCGGCGCGGUCUUCGUGGUGUUUGUGGCAGGUGAUGAUGAGCAGUCCACGCAGAUGGCUGCAAGCUGGGAAGAUGAUAAAGUGACAGAAGCAUCUUCAAACAAUUUUGUUGCAAUUAAAAUUGAUACCAAAAGUGAAGCUUGUCUGCAAUUUUCACAAAUUUCUACCAUUAAAUGGCUACAGAGUGUCAUGUUACGUUGCAAUAUGUUUUCUCCCGAGAUGCACUCAUCAAAAGGCGAAACAUCAGUGACAAAUGACAACCAGUCAGAAAGUUCAGUAUCUACCCCUUCUGCCUCAUUUGAACCUAAUGAUGUGUGUGAAAAUACUGAGUCCAGAAAUACAGACCUUUGUGAGACACCAGCGGCUUCUGACACAAAGUCAAAUACUGCAACAGGAGGAGAAUGCUCAGGUCAUGACAGUCCCUCCCAGGAACGUCCUGGAUGUUCAAACCAGAGACCAGCAGAGGAUCUCACUGUCAAAGUGGAAAGACUAACAAAAAAGCUUGAAGAAAGGAGAGAAGAGAAAAGGAAGGAAGAAGAACAGAGAGAGAUUAAGAAGGAAAUUGAAAGGAGAAAAACUGGAAAGGAAAUGUUGGAUUAUAAGAGGAAACAAGAAGAGGAAUUAGCAAAACGAAUGUUAGAAGAAAGAAGCAGAGAAAAGGCAGAAGACAGAGCGGCUCGAGAGCGCAUCAAGCAGCAGAUAGCACUGGAUCGUGCAGAGAGAGCUGCUCGUUUUGCAAAGACAAAGGAAGUAGAGGCUGCCAAAGCUGCUGCCUUGCUGGCCAGACAGGCAGAAGCAGAAGUCAAGAGGGAGUCUUCUGCUCGAGACAGAAGCACCAUUGCAAGAAUUCAGUUCCGGCUGCCUGACGGCUCUUCCUUCACGAGUCAGUUUCCUUCUGAUGCUCCGUUAGAAGAAGCAAGGCAGUUUGCUGCACAGACUGUUGGCAACACUUAUGGUAAUUUUUCGCUAGCAACCAUGUUUCCCAGGAGGGAUUUCACCAGAGAAGACUAUAAGAGGAAGCUGCUGGACCUGGAGCUCGCCCCCAGUGCCUCCGUGGUGCUGCUGCCAGCAGGACGACCAGCCACAUCUAUUGUCCACUCUUCCAGUAGAGACAUUUGGACAUUACUGGGGACGGUGCUUUAUCCAUUCCUGGCCAUAUGGAGACUAAUUAGCAACUUUUUAUUUAGUAAUCCUCCUCCUGCACAGACUUCAGCAAGAGCCACAUCCACAGAGUCUUCAAACCCUGUGUCAUCUAGCAAGUCAGAGAAAAGGGAACCAGUCCGAAAAAGAGUGCUGGAAAAACGAGGGGAGGACUUUAAAAAGGAAGGAAAAAUAUAUAGACUGAGGACUCAAGAUGACGGCGAAGAUGAAAACAACACUUGGAAUGGAAACUCUACGCAGCAGAUGUAGUAUAGCAGGCACAGUGUGUGCAGUCUUCACUGUUUUCCUUAGGGUUCCACUCACACCUUUGCUGGAGAAGUGAAUCUUCUUGUUUUCAGACCAUGUAUACAGCCUUUAUUUCUGCUUAGAGGUUAUGAGUUAAAGUUGUUUAACCUGAAAAUGUCAAAACAUGACAUAGCUGGAUGCUAGGUCCUUAUAUAGGGUAACCAGCUGUUCUCCCAGCCACCUACCAGUUCCUGAUCAAACUUUACAGCCCUCUAGCCCAAUGUUUCAUUUAGAAUACUUUUUGCUUCAAGAUUUUUAAGUCACACAAAGUAAUUGGUAUGUCACUGGGUAAUCUGACCCUAGAGCACUCUGCUAGCUGACCAGGUGAUAACCAGUGUUUAGCGUUUCUCUUCGCACUCAUCAACAACAAACAAAAUCUUGUAGUUUUUGAUCUUACUUAAACCUUGAAUAAAAAAGUUUUCUAAAGAUGAGAAUAAUCUUAUUUUUGCUGUAAGCAUCUUUCUGUUGUACAGGGCUGUAUCAAGGUCACUUUUGUCUGACUUUUUUUCCUCCCAGUGCUGCCCUGAAGAUGUCAGCAAAAUGACUGGCUACCUUUUCUUUAAAGUGUAAAAAUUUAGGGAUUCUAAAUGUUAUAGAGACCAAAUCCCAAGUGCCCUAGGUCACUGAGGCAUUUAUUUGUUCGUUUUGUAACCUGUUCUCGUCAAUGCCAAGCAGUCGAGAAUGGCCAGUCUGCAGCUUAAUUUGCACACUCACAUUUGUUAUAAAGUUUCACAUUUAACAGUCACAUUUCUAGGACCUAGUGUAGACUAGGGUAGAGCACUAAAAUACACCUUCCUUCACUAGGUUAUUCAUACUAAGAGUUUGGAAGACAUUCUCUAAUUGAACUUCUUCCACUAAAAGUUGUAAUGUUUGAAUCAUGGGGUGGGUAUGUGUGACAGUUUCUCUGUUCUUAGAACAACUGCGUGUCAAGGAAGACUGACUUGGAUUUGUGAUUGUAGGAAGAGCUUUCUCCUGUGGGAUAAUAGGUUUGUAAGGUGCGAGUGUUGGCAGGAAGUAGAAUAGCUGCUGAGCUGCUGGGGGCAGCAGAACCUUUCUGAAAACAUGCCCAGAAACUUUAAUGUUUCAUACUUUAACCUUUUCUAAGUAGUAAUGAUCAUCAUUGCAAAAGUUUAGCUAUUACUAAUUUAACUUAAAAACUGGAAACAACUAAAUGCUCUCUGUAGAUGUAAUUUCUGCUGAGAAGUGGUACAUAGUAAUGCAGCACUUGCCAUGUUUACUGAAUGCCUGCUGUGUGUUAGUGAAAAGAAGGUAGGAGACCUAGCAUGAGCUGAGUCCAGCUUGUAAGUUUUGUGUGUAGAGGACAUUGUGUUAACAUGUAUGUAAAGAAAGAGAAAACAUUGUUAAUGGAUGACUAUAUGUCCUAGUUUUCUUGUAGUCUUGAAUUUUUCCAGUCUUCUGUAUUGAUCAUAUUAUUUACAUUAUUUAAAGAGAGUUUUGCCAGGUGUGGUUGGUGGCUCACACUGUAAAUCCCAGCACUUAGGAGUCAGAGGCACUCUAAUUCAGGGGCCAGCCUGGUCUACAUAGCAAGUUUAGGCCAGCCAGGUCCACAAGAUAAAACCUUGCCUCAAAAACAACAAAAAUGUGAGUUUUUGAAAAUUGCUAGCAACCGAUUCAUUUAAAAUCCAGUCUUCUAAAAAUGCAGCAAGCUGGGUGUGGCAUCUCAUGUUUGUAGUCUGAGUACUUAUCCGAGGCAGAGGCAGGAGUAUCAAAAGUUCAAGAUUAUCCUCAGUCAAGUCCAGCAUAGGCGGAAUAAGAUCCUGUCUCCACAUCAGUGAGUAAAUAUAUGAUUUUUUAAAAAAUACUUGUCAAGUGGGUAUGAAUCCUGGAAAAACAUUAAGUACCUCACGUCAGUUUGUCUUGAAGAAAAUCAUAUACAGAUCUUAAAAUGUGCAUAAUUCAUGUUUCAUUAAGAGGGUUCCUUCUUAACUUUAUCUCUUAAAAAAGUACACAUGGUUGAAAAACCUCCAAAAUAUAAGAUAAUGGUGUCUCUGUCAUGGUGAUAUACCCCACUACCAUUCCUCAGAGGCAACCUCUAUUAAUAAUUUCUAAUGUAAUUUUCAGAAAAAAUUUAUGCAUCUAAGCAAAUAUGUAAUGUUUAUUUUUAAAUAAAUGGGAUCAUAUUGUAUGUA